AUGCCGGAAAAUGCAGAGGACCGCUCGUCGCUCGUCAACAGACAGCUUCCAGAAAUGACUUUGUCGACAGCAGAGAAUCCAUUGACUGCACCUCAGCCUCCGCCAGACAGUCUAACUGCAGCCCAGAGGGUGACGUAUAGAUUCCAGGUCAAAGGCAAUGCGAUCAUCACUGGUGGAGCAGGUACUCUUGCUCUCGAAGCUGCAAAGGCACUCCUCGAACAUGGCGCAUCAGGCCUCGCCCUAUGGGACAUGAACCCAGACCAAGCUUUUGAGAGUGUCAAGCUUCUUCACUCCCAAUUCCCCGAUCGCCGCAUCAUCACCGAAGCCGUCGAUGUGCGUGAUGAGAAGCAAAUCGCUUCCGCUAUCGAAAGUAGCGUCAAAGUCCUCGGUAGUAUCGAUAUGCUGUGCUGCUUCGCCGGCGUGGUCGGCUGCACACACGCCAUCGAAAUGCCCGCCGACGAAUGGCGCCGCACCCACGAUAUCAACCUCACUGGCUCAUUUCUAUGCGCCCAAGCUGUGGCACGUCAACUGCGCACCCAAGGUACAAGCGGCAGUAUCGUCUUCACGGCCUCGAUAUCUGCGCACCACACAAAUUACCCACAGCCGCAGUGCGCGUACAAUUCCUCCAAGACGGCGCUAUUGUCGCUUGCAAAGAGUCUAGCGGCGGAGUGGAGUAGCUACGGCAUUCGAGUAAAUUGCCUAAGCCCGGGGUACAUGGAUACGAUUUUGAAUGAAGGCGAGGGUCUCAAGAAGGCACGCGAUACAUGGAAUGGACGGAACCCAACAGGUCGAAUGGGACAUCCAUGGGAGUUGACAGGACCAUUGAUCACAUUGGUGAGCAAUGCUGGGAGGUAUAUCAAUGGGACUGACAUCAUUGUGGACGGAGGCGCAAUGGUGUUUUAA